GAUCCUCAAUCUCAUCGUAUCAUUGAGAAACGGCGACGAGAUCGGAUGAAUAAUUGUCUUGCUGAUUUAAGUAAAUUAAUACCAACGAGUUAUUUCAAAAAGUAAAAAUUAACAUUCUCAAACAAUUAAGUGAUAAAAUCAAUCCUCUUAUUACUGAAAUUUGAUUAAAAAAUGAAUUGUGCCAAAAAUUACUGUUAAUUAAAGUGUUGAUUGGCAAUUAGUGAUUAAUCAGCUAAUAGGAGAGUAAAUUAAAUUGUUACAAUUUAAUCAAUUACCUGGGAAAAAGCAAAAGUGUUUGAACUUGCUUCUCGUUUCCUCUGGGGAAAAAUCAACUAAUCAAAAUAAAAAACCAAACAAUUAACUCUCUGAUUACACAAUUAUCGUGAUAUGAGAUAAUAAAAAUUAAUUGUUUGUCGUGAUAAUGUGUUUAUAAACACGAAUGUGUACAAAAAUCGAGCAAAAGAAAAGAAAAAAAGUUCGAAACAUUUAAAAAAAAGUUAUACUAAGUUUCUUAGUAUUCUCAAUUGUCCUUUUGAUGUUGAGAGAGACAAAAUUUUGACACCUAAUCCAUUAACCGAUGUUAAUCCAAUCCCCAUUAGGGACGAGGCCGAAUCGAGAAGACAGAGAUCAUCGAGAUGGCCAUUAAACAUAUAAAGUAUCUGGAGGCUCAUAAUAAAGUUAAUUGUGUCGAAAGUGCUAAAUGUGACCUUCGAUGUGCCGAAGAAGAGAGAAGGGAAGAGUUUCGUCAAGGAUUUCGAGAAUCAAUUUCGGAGGUGAUGCGAUUUCUGGUCGAGGUUAAUGGACACAUUCCAAGUGACCCUUUAUGUCUGAGUUUGGUUAAUCAUCUUCGCGAACAUUUGACCAAAAUUAUGCCUCUUUCCGUUUCCCCUUCAUCCUCUUUAUCCUCAUCUUCAUCGUCUUCUUCAUCUUCAUCUUCGUCAUCAUCAUCAUCAUCUUUUUCCUCAUCUUAUUCAGCUUCUACUACUACCACAGGUGAACCUGUCAUUUCUGGUACCAAUAAAUUGGUCAACCAUCAUCACCAUCACCAUCAUCAUCAUCAACAAUUACCAUCGGCAUCGACAUCGGUUAUUUAUCCUAAAUGUUCAUCUACCUCAGUUCCCGUUGUGUCAACGAUUGUUUCAAACCAUCGGAGUCGAAUAGGGGACAAUCGUGAAAGAUCAGCUUCGAUUUCAUCAAUUCUAUCGGAAAUUAAACCUCGAGCUGCACUCACACAACCGAUUUGCAAAGUAACCUCAUCAUCGCCAUCAAUGGGUCUCAAAUUGAAUACCUCUGAAAACAUGGAGAUCGAAACAAAUGAACAAAGUUACCUGAGUAAAAGUGAAGGUACCAGCGGGGAAAGUGUCAUCCGCAGCGGUGGGGAGGUCAAAGUAAAUGGUAAGAAUGAACCAAGUAGAUUGAGAGACAUCUUGAAAAAUGAGAUGACAACUAUUGGUGGGGAAUCUGAGCCUGAGGUGACAGUAUUAGCACCGACUGUCAUUUCCUCACCAUUAUCAGCCUCUUUCUCCUCAUCGUCUUCUUUAUCAUCAUCAUCAUCUUCUUCUUCUUCCUCCUCCUCUUCCUCGUCCUCUUCCUCAUCCUCUUCAUCUUCAUCCAUAGUAGACGAUAAAAAGUGUGUCAAUUCAGUAAUUUCUGGUUUAAUUGUUAAAUCAUCUGAAUCUAAAGGUAAUCUAAUCAGAUCAAAUUCUGUUUCACCUUCAUCGGAAUAUCGUUUCUAUAAGAAAGGAAUCAAAGAGAGAUUUCAAUUAGAUAUGAAACAAGAAUUCAAAAGAUCAUGUUUAUCAUCAUCAGUUGAUUUAAAUACUCAGCAAAUCAACAAUAGCCCUGGAUCCUCAUCAUUUCAAUCAACAUCACUCUCAACAACAACCACAACAACUACCGAGGCUCGAAACAAUUUGAUCUCUAACAUUGUCGACCACAAAUCAGAUGAAAUUAAACCGUUACCUUUAUCAUCAUCAGGAUGGAAUCAUCCUCAUCAACCCGGUCUAUCAUCGCCCUGUUUAAUUAACCUUCACAAUAUAAGUAAAGUAUUCAAAUAUAAAGAAAAGGUCAUCACCAGUUUACCAGCAUUUGCUUUACAUCCCAAUGGUAAUUUUUACAUUCCCUUGACAAUUAACCCUCAGUUAAUAGCUCAUUACUUUACCAAUCCGGAAAUAGAUGACCUUUACUCUGUCCUACAUCCGGUCAAUAUUCCAGUUAAUUUCAAUUAUAUUCAACGAUUAAAUGAUUUAUGUCCAACAAUUGAUCGUGAAUUUAACAUCAAUCAUCCUCGGAGUUACCCAUCAAACAUAAUCACUAAACAUAAUCAACAAUUAACUAAUGGUAAACAUCAAACUACUAAUCAACCCUCAGCAUCUCACUUACUACUCACUGCUAAUUAAUUAAACAAACCAGAUAAUCAAAAAUUAUACUAAUCAAACAAAGAUGAUAAACUUGAUGAAAUUAAAUUCACUUUUUACUAUCAAAUGAAAA